AUGCUCAAGUUACUUGGAUUCACUCUUGUCAUCGUGUCAAAACUACUCGUAUUCAGAAAGAUGCGACGGAUGCAGACAGUGAGCGGAAUCAGCCUCAAGUCAAACACUUGCAUGCUCAUUGGAUACGUCCUCCAGUUCUCAAACCCAAAGGAGUGGUCAGACGUCUCCCUCUACCACCUGAGCAGCAAUCUGUGCAAAAUAGCAAUGUUGGAGUACCAGAUCGGAAUAAUUGUGCUGAUUCUAUUCAAAUACAACAAGACGUACGAUAAACAGGCUGAUAAAAUGUCAAUUUGGAUUCUGAUGCUCAUUUCCCUAGGAAUUGGAUUAUUGGGCAGUAUAAGACGGGGUGGAUUCAUCGAAGCAUUCUGGUGCGUGGGAGUGGUGCUGGAGUCACUGAGCGUGAUUCCACAGCUUGUGAUGAUGCAGGAGAGUGGAGACUGUGAGUCAAUGAAUGGCAGAAUACUCUUCUACUACUCAACUGGUAAGACACUGAACCUGGUGGAUGACAUUGGUCGAGGCAGAGUAUUCAACAGUCUGAUUGGGCUAUUUGGACUGGCUCUGGUGGCUGAUUUCAUCAGAGUCUACUACAAACACAUACGCGUGAACAUAGAGGAGAAGUUUAGAAGACAAAAAUGA